AUGGCUGCCUCUGAAGAGAGGAUCCUCUUGACGGCCACCAUCCUCGAUGAGGAGUCGUUGACGGAAGAGAACCAACAAGGCAAAUCCAACAAGUGGCUCGUGCGUGGUGUCUCUGCGGUGCUGGUUUUUGCGGCUGUGGCAGCGCUGGUCCUUUUGAAGUUCACACCUCCCGCUGCCUCCCAUGUCCUCCACCCGCAGGCACUCUACUCGGCUGGGAUCCAGUCGUGUGCAGCGGGAACGAUGCACCAAUGUCCAGAAGACUGGAAGAAUCCUUCCCAAAUCAUGGGCUACCACUGUCUUCAUAAGUUGACGCGGCAAACAUCGGAGGCGGCCUACCAGAGCUCUGGUGGUGCCUGCCGACCGGCAUCUGAUGGGCCUUUCCCAGAAGACGAUUGCCAGCUUCACAUCGGCUUCAGGAUUCCAGUUCUGGCUCUGGAGGAUUUGGCGGCUCCGGCUCCAGCGGCUGGGGAUCGGGAUCUGGCUCGUAUGGUGCCGGGACCUCUGUGCUGGGAAGAUGAAGAUCCAGACAGAUUCUGUGCUGAGACUGGCAAGCGUUAG